AUGGAGAAAGUAAAGCAAAGCGUUGUAAAACCUGAUCAUGAGUACCAAGUAAGCCUUCUGUUUCAUGGUCCAGGAUGCCUUAAUGUUAACUACCGCAACACGAUCUCUCAAUUGAAUUCAUUAGAGAGGAAAUUACAGAAGACCCAUGAAUACAGAACCACUUAUGAGAAUGUCCUUCAGGCUUAUCUGGAAGCAGAGUUUAUUGAAGACUUCCCCAACUCCCAAAUGGAAGGCUAUGGCAUGCCACAUUUUGGGGUCAAGAAACAAAGUUUGACCACUUCUUUUCUCAUUGUGUACAAUGCUUCUUCCAAAUCAGAAGGCAAACACUCCUUGAAUGACUGUUUACAUCCAGGGCCAAACACAGUUGAAAUGCUGUAUGAUCUAUUAUUAAAAUUCAGAUGUUACCCACACACCUUGACUUCUGAUAUUUCAAAUGCCUUCCAUAGAGUUCUUCUUGAUCCUACUGAUACCAAAUACGUACAAUUCCUCUGGUACAAGAUGUUGACACAAGCCUUUGCCUUUCGAGUCGUGGUCUUUGGCAUCACAAAUACCCUUAACCUUUUCCAACAGGUCCUCAGGACACACCUUGGGGAGAGUGGGGAUGGAGACCAUUAA